GACGGGAGUAUGAGCCUCCUAGUUAUCCAGCUCCUCCAAGGGACUAUGAACCUUAUAGUCACUUGGCCCCUCCAAGGGACUACGAACCAUAUAGCCAUCCAGCACCUCCAAGGGACUACAAGCCAUAUAGCCAUCCAGCACCUCCAAGGGACUACAAGCCUCGUGGCCAUCCACCUUCUCAAAGGGACUUUGAAUCUUGUGGCUAUCGGGCUCCUCCAAACCUAAUAUCUAUCCUGCUCCUCCUAUGGAUUAUGAACCUCGUGGUUAUCCUUCCCCUCUGAGGGACUUUGAACUUCAGGGUUAUCCAGUUCCUCCAACUGUCACUGGAUUCCCAGGUACUGUGGAUCUGAAGAUGCCAAACAAUGGUCGAGGUUCUGCUAUGGGACCUGGAGUUGGCAAUGCUAGUGAGAUAACUGGAACAAGAUCGAAGCUUCAAGAUCUGUAUGCUGGUGGUUCCAUUGCUGAGACCACCCACAAUACCUACCAAGGCUAUGGUGGACAAAAGCACCCUCCGCAAAGCUUCUACCAUGACAACUACGCUCCUCGGCCAGAACCGUACUAUGAUAUUAAUCCUUCAAACACACCGUACAGCAAUACCAACCCUCAACACCCUCCCUACACUCGUUACCAAAACAACCCUCCUCAACAAGGACAAUACUCAGAAAAUUCAUACCAAUACAGACCAUAAAUUACAAAUCUCACCAAUCUGGUAAUUGUUGUUGAUUUUUGUAGAAUUUUGACCAAAUGAUUUUUAAGAUUUUGCCUUCUGUAGUGACUUUUCUUUUUACUGUGGUUAGACAAGUGUUAAAGAGGAGUUAUGGCCGGUGCUGGAAGACCCCAUUUUUCUAAUUAUUUAAAUCUUCUUCAUGUAUUUUACUCUAAAUAAUCUUUUUUUGUUUAUUUUUUAUUUAUCCUAUUCCCAUCCACUAUUUUGGUGUGUUGGAUGGUUAAGAAACUGGAAAUAUGUGUGCUUGUGCUUUUAAAGUCUUCUGAAAACCAAUGCAGGAUGGAUGAUCAUUGUGAUCGAAGAUUAUUUGCAGUUAUCUGAUAAUAAUCUCAUCAGAAGAAAGGUUUGGAUUGUUAGUUUUGGUUUUAGUUGCAUUUCUUGAUUAUAAUGCUCUCUUUCUUUUUGGUUGAUUGAUGUGAUAGGUACUUAUGAUGGUGACGAUUGGGAUGGAUGAUGGAUUCAUCAUCAAGUAUAAGGUAAGCACAUAGUUGUUUCAAACAUGGUAUGUUAUAUGAAAAAUGUCAACCCUAAAUAGUAGCAAAUUGGAUAUCCACAUUCCACUAGGUAUUGUUUUAUGGUACAAAGUGAAGUACUAUCACUUUGCAUGUCAUCCACCUGAAGGGAUAAGCCAUCCAUUAUGGAUUUGACUGCACCCACCAUCACACUAUUACUAGUUACCCUUUUUUUUGGGUGGGUUCUGGUGAAAACGAAGUUAUGGUGAGAAGGGUGAGAAGGGUUCUCCACCCUUGGAUCAAUCCUAGAAGAUCAAUAACAAUUCUCACACGAUCCUUUGUCUUUUCGGGUUAUCAUCAAAACAACCAUGUCAGAAAAAAGAUAUGUACUUAACAACCAUCUGACUAUAUUCUCAAAGAAUAGCCAUGAAAACGCAAGUAAACGCUGCAAGGCACUUUUUCUUGCGGUUUCCCAACUUGCGAAAUGGACUUGUGGUUUCGCAGCUGGCGGCUGUGGUUUGUUUUUUUAUGUGUAGAUGCUAUCAACUACCAUACCGCAACUUGUGGUUUUAUAAUGGUUUUUGCGGUGGGCCACUUUUUCACAAUGCACCAUAUCUUGUCAGAAGCCGCAAGGGAAAUUGCCUUGCAGCAUAUACUUGCGUUUUCUUGGUUAUUUUGUUAGGAAAAAAAAAUUGUG